GAGAGAGGCUGCACCUGCUGGCUGACCAGCCACGUCCCAGGACAGAUUGACCUGGAGAGAGAGAGAGGAGAAAAAGAUCACAGGAUUUUUGGUUUUGAAGAGUAGAAGGUUCUGUAUUUAUGUGCAGAAAAAAACACCGGGCACGUGAGGAAAAGUCAAGAGAAGUUUAAAGGAAAGUGCUGGCUGUUUUCUGUUUGCUCUCUGAGUGUCUGCUGUCAUUGGGCUUUUUUUAGUGCUUUAUUUUUACCCCCAGCACUGCGUUCCUACACCUCAGCUUGUGUGUGUGAAGUUAGGCUUCCAUAUCUAAGUCCACUUGUUUGUGCCUGGACGUUUUACGCUUGAAUACUGGCCAUGGCUGAGACAAAGCUCAAAAUGGAUCGAGUACCUCUUGGUGAGAUCUCUGAUGAUGACGAAGAGGUGGUGUUGGUCACUGCAGCGAUCAAACCUUCGGUAACUACUCCAGCCUCUAACCGCAAACACCAGGCCUCUGAUGAUGAUGAAGAUAAACCAUCCAAAGAAAUGGACCUGAAGAUCGGAUCCGGGAUGGACAACAGCGACUCCCAAAAAUCUGAUGAUCAGGUGACGGGAAUGAUGGUCCUUGCUCUCCUUGACAAAAUCAUCGGCGUGGUGGACCAGAUUCAGCUGACACAAAAUGGCCUGGAGUCCCGGCAGGAGAAGAUGGAAAAGAGCAUGACGAGCAUCCAGAGUGAGCUGAACAAACUGACCAAGAAUCAUGAUGACACAACAGGGACGGUCACCAAACUCUUGGAGAAGGUGCGCAAGGUGAACGCCAACGUGAAGAGUGUGCGCAAUGACCUGGAGAAGCAAGUGGGUCAGAUCAAAAAGCUGGAGAACAACGAGCACGAACUGUUAAAGAGGAAGAACUUCAAAGUGCUCAUCUACCAGGACAAAGAAAAGCCAGUGAAGACCCCUCAGCCGCUUGAAGCAGCAGCAGGAGAGCAGGUAGUACCUACUCAGGCAGCAGAGGGAGUAGAGGGAGUAGAGGGAGAAGAGCGAGGCACAGAUGAGGUUGUUGAGAUCGAAGAGAUUGUGGAAGAAUCCCGAGUGGCUCGCAUAAAACGCAGCGGCAUGCAGCGUGUGGACGGGAUUAAGAAAGUCUUCAGCAAGGAGCAAAUGGAGAAGACCAAGCAACGAACCAAAGAGAACCUAGAGAAAACCCGUCAAAGAACCAAGGAGAACCUGGAGAAGACUCGCCUGAGGACCCGUGAGAACUUACAGAAGACCAGGGUGAACCUUAGAAAUAAAAUGGGCAAGCUGGGAACCAAGAUGAAGCCCAAAAAGGAAUCCAAAGAAAAGAGUCGCUCAUCCCGUGAAAAGAUAAAGAAAUCACUAAGGUACGAGGAGAAGGUCUACGGCCGCAUGAAGAUCACAACUUACAGAGUACCACCGUUCACCUUCUAUGUGAAGAAAGUCCGUGAGGGAGACGACGAGCCGGAGGCUGAAGCCGAGCAUGAAAACGAAGGUCAAGACGAAGAUCAGCAGGUGGAGAACAAGGACGUAGUGGUGCUGGAGCCUGAGCUGGUUAAUCUGAGCAACCCAGAGUCUGAAGCAGGGGAACAAUCACGGCACAUCAUCCGAGAUUCUGUGCAGCUGGGAGAAAGAGCAAGUCAGUGAAGCCAGCAUACGAGCCCCUGGUCUGGGAAAAAAGAGGCACCAUGAGAUGGUUUGAAGGAUAAAGAUAAAGGCCAAUCGAAUGUAAAUGCAGAAGAGAUCAUGAAGUGUAGAAUUGGAGUAUGAUGAUAAGCUGUGUUAAUAACGCUAAAGUAUGUUGGAUUGAGGAACAAACAGCUCGUUCACUAACGCUGAUUUAAAGCAGUUGUUUCUGUCUUGUAAUACACAGUCCUACAGCUUUUCUCAGGUUUUUUUUGUUG